CCUUCUCCAUUCUUCUUGAAGGCGAGUGUGUACGGGGAGGUUGAGGAUCACCGUAAUGGGACUUACUCUGUUGCUCUUCUUCUGCCCUGGGAAGGUCAGGCACAAGUUUAUGUACGUCUAGAGCACUCCAGUGAGGCUGUGCAGAUUCUUAAAAAAUACAGGGAGUCCUCGUUCCCACGCAGCCACUAUAAUGGCCACUUUGAAGGGCCAGGACCCAAUAAAACCAGGAUCAGUGAAGUCGUACAGUGUAAUCUUAAGUGGGGUGCAGAUGGAAGUUGGAGGAAAGGCGACUGCUGCUGUGAGUAUAAGGAUAUAAAAACAGGGACGGUGUGGCAGUGUGAGAGACCGAAGAAACUUUCUUGUGACAACCUGGUUCAUCACUCAAGAGGAAGAUUUGAAGACCCAUUAAAUCCUCUUGAAAAGCAAAUUUUCACAAAGACAUUAACAAAUGUUGCUAUUACUGGAGACACACAGAUCAUUAAUGUCCUUCCCAACGCUGCAAGCAUUGGCAUAAUGGAGAGAUGCAGAUCUGGCAUGACGACACCAGUUCCUGCAGGGUUCUAUCUGAAAGAUGUCUGGAAGUCUUUUGUUUGCAACACCCAACAGUUAAAUUCUUCACAAAUGGGAAGCUGUCUUAAAAACAAAAUUGUCUACUUGAUGGGAGACUCCACCACAAGGCAGUGGUUUGAGUAUUUCGAAAGAAAAGUGCCAGGCUUGAAAAGAAUGGACCUCCACACUCCUCGUACUGGUGGACCCCUGAUGGCUGUAGAGUUGAAAAAUAAUAUCAUUGUUCACUGGAGGCCACACGGUGUCCCUUUACGGUUUACUAAAAUGCCCAUUACUGACCUGCAUUAUAUCGGCAAUGAUAUUGAUGAAAUAGCUGGUGGUCCUCAUGCAGUCGUUGUCUUUACAAUCUGUGCCCACAUGGUGUUUCACCCAAUAACAUUUUAUGUGCACGAAGUGGCCAAAAUCCGUCAGUCUGUUGUUGCACUGCUGAGUCGUGCACCAGAGACUACCGUCAUCAUCAAGUCUGGAAACACUGCAGGACUAAAGAAUAUUUUUCAAAGUGAUUGGUAUGCAAUGCAGAUGAACACAGUGAUGCAGGAGAUGUUCGGAGAUAUUGAUGGAGUAAUCUACUUCGAUGUUUGGCAGAUGACUUCAUGUCACUAUCUACGUGAAAAUAUUCACCCAGGACCUGUUAUCAUUGCUAAUGAAGUCAACAUGUUGUUCUCAUAUAUCUGUCCUGCCUGACACAAUGGAAUAAUAUUUAACUUGCUUUGUUAUGAUAUACCAUGGAAUGUAUAUACAAAAAAUGAGCAUCUGUCAGAAACGUCUGGUAUACGUAUUAAUUUGUUACACACAUUGUAAACCUGUAUAAUCUCAAAAUUAAAAUAUAGCUGCAAGCAGCAAUUAAGGAGCCAAGCACAACAGAAGCAAAUAAGGACACUAGCAGCAGACCAAUAAUGUCUGUUGUCGAGGGCAUAUUAGUGGAGUUUGCUAGAAUGGAUUGGACUCCUGGCCACACUACCUUCGCUGUGGUGCAAACUAUAAGCUGGGUCGCUGAUUAAUUAUUAUUUGUUGAGAUUGAUAAUAUGAUUCC